GACAAAUUCAAACUGCAGAGGAAAAAACAAAACACAACACCGGUAGCUAGCUCUCAGUCAGCCCGAGUUCAUUCAUGAAAUAUGUGUUUAUGUUCGGUAGUUUACUAUAAACAAGAACAAUGACAGAAGAAUCUGCUGUUAAAGUGUGUGUUCGAGUCCGUCCACUCAUCGAGAGGGAAGAAAGCGCUGCGUCGGAGAACGCAGAGCCUGUCCAGCUGUUUUGGAAGGCUGACAAGAAAUCAAUUCAUCAGAUCGAUGAUGGGAAUUCCACCAAGAGCUUUGUUUUCGACCGAGUGUUCACCUCAGAUGAAACCACCAAUCAGCUGUACCAGGCCAUCGCAAAGCCUCUGGUUGUGUCCACUGUUGAGGGAUACAAUGGAACUAUAUUUGCUUACGGACAGACUUCUUCAGGAAAGACUUUCACCAUGAUGGGGAGCGACCGUAUUCCUGGAGUGAUCCCUCUGGCUGUGGAUGACGUCUUCCAAACCAUUAAAAAUUGUCCAAAGAAGGAGUUUCUUCUGAGGGUUUCUUACAUGGAGAUCUACAAUGAGACUGUGAGUGAUCUGCUCGUUGAAAGCUGGAAGAGAAAACCCCUGGAAGUCCGAGAGACAAUCAAUAAAAACAUCUACGUGGCCGACCUGAACGAGGAGCUGGUAACGUCUCCUGCACAAGCUCUGGCCUGGAUUCGUAAAGGAGAAAAGAACCGUCACUAUGGAAAGACUAAAAUGAACGAGAGGAGCAGCCGCUCACACACCAUUUUCCGAAUGAUCCUGGAAAGCCGAGAAAGGAGUGACCCGGAAGCAGGUGAAAAUGCCGAUGGAGCCAUUAUUGUGUCUCAUUUGAAUUUAGUUGAUCUGGCUGGAUCUGAGAGAGUGAGUCAAACAGGAGCUGAAGGCGCACGUUUCAAAGAAGGUUGCAAUAUCAACCGCAGCCUGUUCACGCUCGGCCAAGUGAUCAAGAAACUGACGGAUGAAGGCCAGAAGGGUUUCACCAACUACAGAGACAGUAAGCUGACCCGCAUCCUGCAGAACUCCUUGGGUGGAAACGCUAAAACUGUCAUCAUCUGCACCAUCACUCCUGUCACUCUAGAUGAGACGCUCAGCACUCUGCAGUUUGCCAGCACUGCAAAGAAAAUGAAGAACGACCCUCAUGUGACGGAGGUGUCUGAUGACGGCGCUCUGCUCAAAAGGUACCGCAAUGAAAUUGUGGACCUCAAGCGACGACUUAACGAGGUUUCCUCAGUCACUCAGACCACAGCGACCGAGAAGAAUUUUCUCUCCCAGCUGCUCCAAGAAAAGGAUCAGCUCCAGAGAGAUCAAGAGGACCGGAUCAAAAACCUGACCAAACUGCUGGUCACCAGCUCCAACCUGGUUCCCGUUCGAAAGAGGCCGAAACGCAGGGUAACGUGGGGAGGAAAGAUGCUCAGAGUUGCGCGUCCGUCUGCAUUUGACAGCGGUCCAUCUGACCUCAGCUUUGCACAGUCUUUCAAUCAGAAGAGGAAAGCCGACGCCUCCUGUCUGAGCGAGCUGUGUGAAGAGGAUGAGGACUUUGACUCUCACUGGAUGAUUCCCGAUGAGCCUUCAGAUGAAAUGGACAUGAGUCAGAGCUCUGUGACUGUUCGAAGCUUUGGGGACAGUCCCAAAGACUUUGUGUCUCCAAACCGCAUGCAACAGCUGUCAGGGAGAUUGUCCAACCUGGAGGAACAGCUGGAAAUGGAGAGUCAACACAAAGAGGAGGCCAUGACAAAGGUGGAAACAUUAGAUGGCAGAGUGGCCGAGCUGGAGCUGCAGCUGCAGACAGAGAACCAGCAGAAACAGGAGGCCCUGGAGAAAAUGCAGAUGGCAGAGCAGAGGGCGACCGAAGUUGAGCUGCAGCUACAGAUGCAGACAGAGAACCAGCAGAAACAGGAAUCCACAGAGACACUUCAGACAGAAGAGCCGAGGACGGCCGACCUGGAGCUGCAGCUGCAGACGGAGGCCCAGCAGAAACAGGAAGCCCUGGAGAAAAUGCAGACAGCUGAACAGAGGGCAGCCGAACUGGAGCUACAGCUGCAGACGGAGGCCCAGCAGAAACAGGAGGCCAAUGAAAAGGUGGACAUGUUGGACUUCAGAGUGGCAGACCUGGAGAGACGGCUGGAAGAACAGAGCCACACUCAGAGUGAAACUGAUGAACAGAUGAGAAAAGAGUUUUCAGAGACCAUCCAGCUGUGUGAAACUCUGGCUACAGAGAAGGACACGGUGGCGGUUGAGCGAGACUAUCUGAAGCAGGAGCUCGGGAUGUUCAUAGAGCAGACGGAGCGUCUGGAGAAAGAGAAAGCUGAUCUAACAAAGGAGAUGGAGGAGAAGAGAGAGAUGGACGAGUUCAAUUCUCUGGAGGACGAGUUGAGGAAAGAGCACGAGAUUGAGUUGCAAAAUGAAAUCUCUAAACUGAAGAAUGCCGUCGAAUCCUCUGAACUCCAAUGCCUGGAGCUUCAGAACAAACUAGAAACUCUGUCUGUGGAGCUGCAGAAGAAAACUGAAUUUGCAGAGGAACUUCAGAGUAUGAGCGGUAAGGACUUGGUGCAGGAGGUGGCGACACUCCGUCGCUCUUUGGACGAUGCUGAGGGGGUCAGCAGAGACACAAAGAAGGAGUGGGCUCACCUGCGCAGUAGAAAUAUCGCUGUGGAGGAGAUGAAUGUGACUCUGAACGCCAACUAUGAGAAGAUGGAGGCCGAGGUGAACAGUCUUCGCUUCCAGCUGGAGACGGAGAAAUCGCGAAACAGAACGAUGCAGAGCGAUCUCCAGAAAGAGCUGAACGUGGCGUUUGACGAGAACACAAAGCUCACCACUCUGCUCGACGGAAAAGUCCCAAAAAAUCUGAUAGACAGCGUGGAGCUUGAGAGAACGGUGGCCCAGCUGAACAAAGAACUGACUGCCUGUCAUGAAGCAGAAGUAGCCCUCAAAGCUCAGCUGGAGGAGCUCGCCUCGUUCCAGACUCUUCCAGAUAAAGUGGACGAAUUGACGAAGCAGCUGAAUGAGCUGACCGAAGAGCUUCAGCGUUUGCAAGCUGAGAAGGACGCUCUCCUGUGUGAGCAGAGGAGUUCUGCGGAGGAGACGGAGAAGCUGCUCUCUACAGUCUCAUCUCUCACUGCAGAGAGAGACCAGCUCAUGAGGGACCUUCAGGAAAAUGUGGAGAUGGCUGCAGAGACACAACUUCUUCUACAAUCUCUUCAAGAGGAGCUCCAACAGCAGAGGCAAGAGAACUCCGAUCUGGUGAAACUCUCUGAGCAGAAGGAGUCUGAAUUAGGGGAACAAAUGCAGAGUCUGUCACAGGAACUUCAGUGUGUUGGAGAUGAGAAGGACAUUCUCCUGUCUGAGCAGAGGAGUUCUGCUGAGGAGACGGAGAAGCUGCUCGCCACAGUUUCAUCUCUCACUGAAGAGAGAGACCAGCUGCAGACCGAUAUGCAGGAAAAUGUGGAGAUGACGAUUGAGAAUCAGGAGGAGCUGAGGACGGCCCUGGAGAAGAAUCGAGAACUGAAGGAGAGGAUGAAACAGCUGGAGGCGGCACAAACAUCCAAUGAGACGAGUGCACAGAUGGAGGAGCUGCAAACACUUAUGAUCGAAAACCAGGAGGAGCUGAGGGCGUCUCAGGAGAAGAUCAGACUUCUACAAGAUGAGAUCAACGAGCUGAGGAGUCAAAAGGCCGAGCUGGAGGGCAGAGCAGACGACGGGAGUGAUGCAGAGAUUAGCCUCCAGCUGCAAGAACUCAGAAAUCAGAUUCAGACGCUGACCGAGGAGCUUGAGAGUGUGCGAGCAGAGAGAGACAGUCUGUCGUCUGAGAGGACGGCCGGCGCUCAGACCUCCACAGAGGAGACGGAGGAGCUGAUGUGCAGAAUGACGUCUCUCAGUGAGGAGAGAGAUCAGCUGCAGGAGACUCUGGAGGGACUGAGGGAGGAGAAGAGGCAGCUCAGAGCAGAGCUGGAGGAAAGGAUGGAGAUGGUUGCACUAGCCCAAAGUGGGUUUAACCAGCCAGAAAUGCUGACCUCAGAACUGCAACCACAUGAUGAAAGUGUAACCCUUCUUCAGCAAGAGAUAAAGGAACUACAGGCUGCUUUACAGUCUGUCACUGAGCAGAAGAGUCAGUUGGAAGUUGAUCUGCAGCGUAACAUGGAGACGGCUGUGGAGACUCAAGGCCUUCUACAUUCACUUCAAGAGCAACUGCAAGAGCAGAAUCAAAGGAACAUCGACCUGGAAGGACUAAGCCAAGAGAAGCAAGCUCAGCUAGAACAACAGGUUGCAGAGGCUCAGUGUCUCCUUCAAUCUCUUCAAGAGGAGCUCCAAGUGCAGAAGCAACUUUACGCCGAUCACAUGACACUCUGUGAGCAGAAGGACAUGGAUCAACAGAUCAAGACUCUAAGCGAGCAGGUUGAGAGUGCACAAGCAGAGAGGGAUGCCCUGUUGGUGAAGGAGACCAGCUGUCAGACCUCCACAGAGGAGACGGAGGAGCUGCUGUGCAGAGUGAAGUCUCUCAGUGAGGAGAGAGAUCAGCUGCAGGAGAGUCUGGAGGCUCUGAGAGAGGAGAAGAGGCAGCUCAGAGAAGAGAUGGAGGACAGGAUGGAGACGAUGCAGUGCGAGUCACAGCAGCAGCUCAGCUCUGAGCCUCAGUCGCUGAAAGACGAGCAGGACGACUGCUCUGCUCUGCAGAUCCAACAGCUAGAGGAGAAUCUGGAAAAAACUAAGGAGGAGGUGAACCAGUUGAAAUCUGACCUUCAAGAAAAUGUAGAACAGAUGAUCGAGAACCAGGAGGAGCUGAGAGCGUCUCAGGAGAAGAUCAGACUUCUACAAGAUGAGAUCAACGAGCUGAGGAGUCAAAAGGCCGAGCUGGAGGGCAGAGCAGGCGACGGGAGUGAUGCAGAGAUUAGCCUCCAGCUGCAAGAACUCCAAAAUCAGAUUCAAAAGCUGACCGAGGAGCUUGAGAGUGUGCGAGCAGAGAGAGACAGUCUGUCGUCUGAGAGGACGGCCGACGCUCAGACUCACAGCGAGGAGACGGAGGAGCUGAUGUGCAGAAUGACGUCUCUCAGUGAGGAGAGAGAUCAGCUGCAGGAGACUCUGGAGGGACUGAGCGAGGAGAAGAGGCAGCUCAGAGCAGAGCUGGAGGACAGGAUGGAGACGAUGCAGACUGAGAUGAGGACUCUGACCGAGCAACUGCAGAGGGUUGAAGCAGAGAGAGACGUUCUGCUCUCUGAGAAGGACUCCAGCGCUCAGACCUCCACAGAGGAGACGGAGGAGCUGAUGUGCAGAGUGACGUCUCUCAGUGAGGAGAGAGAUCAGCUGCAGGAGACUCUGGAGGGACUGAGAGAGGAGAAGAAGCAGCUCAGAGAAGAGAUGGAGGACAGGAUGGAGACGAUGCAGACUGAGAUCGCACAGCUGAAUGAGUCUCUACAGACGGUGACUGAGGAGAAGAGGAAGCUGGAAGAUGAUCUACAGCAGAGCAUGAAUGUGGCUUCCACAACACAAGAACUUGUGAAGUCACUACAAGAGGAGCUGUGUGAACAGAAGCAGAUGAACUCUGAUCUGGACAAACUGUGUCAGGAGAAGGAACACUCUCUGGAUCAACAAAUGAGGACUCUAACUGAGAAACUGGAGCUUGUUGAAGCAGAGAGAGACGUUCUGCUCUCUGAGAAGGACUCCAGCGCUCAGACCUCCACAGAGGAGACGGAGGAGCUGAUGUGCAGAGUGACGUCUCUCAGUGAGGAGAGAGAUCAGCUGACGGAGACUCUGGAGGGACUGAGGGAGGAGAAGAAGCAGCUCAGAGCAGAGCUGGAGGACAGGAUGGAGACGAUGCAGACUGAGAUGAGGACCCUAACUGAGAAACUGGAGUUCGUUGAAGCAGAGAGAGAAAUUCUGCUCUCUGAGAAGGAAUCCAGCCGUCAGACCUCCACAGAGGAGAUGGAGAAGCUCUCCAUCAGAGUGACGUCUCUCAGUGAGGAGAGGGAUCAGCUGACGGAGACUCUGGAGGGACUGAGAGAGGAGGAGAAGCAGCUCAGAGCAGAGCUGGAGGACAGGAUGGAGAUGAUCUCAGUCAUCCAGGAGAAGUUAAGCGAGCAGGAGCGUUUGAACUCCCAGCAGGAGGCUGAGAGAGACGAACAGGAGGCCAAGCUGCAGCAAACAGUGCAGCAGCUGAAGGUGCAGCUUCAGAUGAACAAGGAGAGACAAAGUCAUGUUCAAGUUGAAGCUGACGCCUCACAGCAGUUGCUCAGCGAAGCGAACACAACCAUCUCAGCACUCAAAGAGAAGCUGAACAGUUUGGAACAGAGCACCAGUGGAGUCAAGGAGACGGCGUCGUCACGGCUACAGGACUCUACCGAGCAGCUUCAGGAGUCCUUCAGGAGAUUCCAGCAAAUCAUAGACAUUUGUUCCAAGUAUAACUCCAUGGCUCCGGGCAAGGUGCAGUGUUCUCUGAAGCACAGCCACCUGAGCGGUCUACCAAAACCCACCAUGGACGCCUACAGCGCCGUGUGUCAGCUGCAGCAGCAGACAGCUCAGACUCUGGGAAACAUUACAGAGCACGUGCAGGUGCAAGCGCAGGGCUACAGGAAUCUGUUUGAGCAGCUGGUUAAGAAAGAUUUGGCCGUUUUUGAGGAGAGGCGUCUGCAGGAUGUGCUGCUGUGUAGAGCACAGGCGCCAUGCUACUCCAUCAAGGACGAGGACUUCCAAGCACUGUGGGAGCGCAGACUGACCGAGCUGCUGGACAAGAGGCCGAUCUACCUGCAGAAAAUGUCCAGCGUUUUGGCGAAGCUCCGGGCCAACAUGGCCUCCUACCCCAGCGAGCUGUCGGCCGAGAUCAGAGUCCGUGAGAGGUUCAAGGAGCAGCUGAAGUCCGUCUUCACCAGCCAGCCGUUCAGCUUCAGCGGGCUGGACGGCAUCCUGAGCGGAGAGCUGGAACACAGAUCUGCGUUGGCACACAGCAGGAAGAUGACCCUGCAGGGCAUCAUGGAGGAACACAACGGUCUGUGUGAAGAGCUGAAGCUGCUGGAGGCUCAGGCGGACUCUAAGCUCCGAGAGGAGAGGAGUAAGACCUCCACUCUGCUGCAGGCGCUGGAGGGAGCUCCUCUGAAGACGGAGCUCUCCCUGCUGAAGGACAACCAGCAACUUGUGCUUAAGCUCCAGCAAACCGAAGAAGAAGUCAAAGCUCUGUGUGCACAAAUCCAGCAGCUGGAGGACGCUCAGGUCAAAGCCAGCAACAGAGUGUCCAACCACAAACAGGCCACCCAGCUGCUGCAGACGGAGCUGCAGGACAGCCGCGCACAAGUCGAGGAGAAGGACAACACCAUCCAAACACUAAAGAGCAAACUGCGCCAGUCUGAGAAAAAUGCAUCACCCAGCGCUGUUGAGCUGGAAAAACUCCGGACCAAACUGUUCAAAAUGGAGGUGGAGUUGAGUUCAGCAUCUGAUAAACACAAACAAGAGAUCCAGAUGAUGAACAAAGUGCUGAACGAAAAGGAAGAAACAGUGAGGAAGCUGAAGGAGACUUUGAGGAAAUCACAGCAGGAAGGAGAGGAAUCAUUCCUGCAGGGUGAGGACCUUCAUGCCAGACUGACCAACCCCAGAGGUCUGGUGAUCAAGACCAGCAUUCUCCUGGAGAAGACCAAACUGGAGGAGGAAGUCAAACAGCUUCAGCUGAAAAUAACCGAGCUGGAAAGCUCGGUGUCCAGUCAGCAGGAAGAGAUCAGCAAGUGGAAGAGCAGAGCCAUCAAGCUGAAGGUGAAGAGCAAGGCCGAGGUGGACAAGCCGUCGUCGCCCUGCACUCCCACCAAGAGGGUCCUCUCCAUGACCUCCGACACCUCCAACUUCCUCAGCUCGCCCAAGAAGUUCAUGGUUACUCCCAGGAAGGUUCUAAACUCUCCCCGGAAGCUGCUGGACUCUCCAAAGGUCUCUCUUCUGGACUCCCCCAAGAGCAGAUUCUUCGAUGUGGGAGGAAGCUCUGAGCUGCUGUCCAGAACUUGCCCCAAGCAGUUCUUUGAUAACUCCAGCCUGGGAACCGUUCCAGAGGUUUUCGAUGCUCCUGAUAGACCAGACGCAGAGAAGGAUGCAGCGGCCGGUGCAGACAGAAUGGAGGAUUUGUGGCCUCAGUCUCCAAAACAAGAGGAAAUGUGUAAAACGCAGUAAAAUGUUCCACGUGCAAUAAUUUAAAAUGUCUUUAUCUCUUAAUUUUUCUGGCUUUUAUUGUUCUUUUUUGUUUUUUAAUCCAUCCUUAUGUCUGUCCUAUAUUUGAAUAAA